AUGUUCGGCGUCCAAUCAGGACCCCGCAUUCGGGAGCCAAUCUCCCCUCUGCGCCGUCUCGGCUUCGCGAGCGCCACCGCCCAACGACGUGGGAGAGCAAAGUUCCCGGGCCGCGCUUCCUCCCAGCCGGGGCGCCGUCCCCUUCCGGGAGCCCGGGUCCCCAAGGUGGUCGUGGCGGCGGCGUCCUCAGGCCAGGCCGCGGGGGGAGGGGGCGGCCUGGAGGCAGUGGCGGGGUCAGCACGGGCCACCGAAAGCGGGGCCAUGGAGCCCGGGGAGUCGGGGAAGGCUCCUGUGACGUUUGAUGACAUCACGGUGUACCUGCUCCAGGAGGAGUGGAUGCUGCUGAGUCAGCAGCAGCAGGAGAUCUGUGGUUCCAACAAGCUGGUGGCACCGCUGGGACCAACUGUUGCCAACCCUGAGCUGUUCUGUAAGUUUGGUCGAGGGUCAGAGCCAUGGCUAGGCAACAUCCAGGGCCAGAGGAGCCUCCUGGACCAUCUCCCAGGAAAGAACCAGAUGGGCUACAUGGAAGAAAUGGGUGUGCAAAGUCCUGCCAGAGAGAGCGGAUUUUACCUGCCGCCUCAGAAGAAAGCCUGUCUUUCCCACUUCAAUAUGGAGAGUGGCAAUGUCGAGGGAGUCUGGACAGGAAGAAGCAAGAAACCCCUGAAGCCCCGGUCUAUCCAGAAGUCAUGGUUUGCACAGUUUCCGUGGUUGAUCGUGAACGAGGACCAGACAGCUCUGUUUUGCUCUGCUUGCCGAGAAUACCCAUCUGUCAGGGACAAACGGUCCAGACUAAUAGAAGGUUACACUGGACCAUUCAAGGUGGAGACUCUCAAGUACCAUGCCAAGAGCAAAGCUCACAUGUUCUGUGUCAAUGCCUUGGCGGCUCGGGACCCCAUCUGGGCCUCCCGGCUCCAGAGUGUCAGAGAUGUGUCUGGAGAUGCACUGGCCAGCCCGGAGCACCUCUUCACUGCAGAGUAUCCCAUAUUCUACCCCCCAGGACCUCUGGGAGAGUUUGAUAACAUGGCCAAGCUCCAGCCAAGCUCAAGAACUGAACUGGAGGACCCUGGGGGGAAUGGAACAAUUCCUGCCUUGUAUCUAGACUGCAUUUCAGAUUGGAAGCAAAAAGAAAUUGCUGAUGACAUCCACAGCUCUUCAAACAAGAACAUUUUAUGUGAUGAUGCUCUUGAAUGUUGCAAUCAGGACCCUUAUGAAGAGGGGCUGUUGGAGGAGGUUCCAGUGGUGUUUGAGGAGCUCCCAGUGGUGUUUGAGGAUGUGGCAUUGUAUUUCACCCAGGAGGAGUGGGGCAUGCUAGACAAGCGACAGAAGGAGCUGUACCAAGAUGUGAUGCGGAUGAAUUAUGAGCUGUUGGCAUCCCUGGGGCCUGCUGCCGCCAAACCAGACUUGAUCUCAAAACUGGAACGGAGAGCUGCACCCUGGAUCAAGGACCCAAGUGGGCCAAAGUGGGGGAAAGGUCAUCCUUCAGGGAAAAAGAAAAUGGUGGAAGUAAGAGAGGGAGACACACAAGCCUCGGCUGUAGAAUCUGCGCUACUUCCAACUCCUUCCGUGGAGACAUGUACUGCCUACUGCAGUUCCAGCAUUUGUGAAAUAGAAGUAGAUGGACCUAGGAAACUCAAGAGGACUUACAGACCCCGUUCAAUUCAGAGGUCAUGGUUUGGGCAGUUCCCAUGGUUAGUUAUUGACCCAAAAGAGACCAAGCUCUUCUGCUCAGCUUGUAAGGAAAGACCUAAUCUCCACGACAAAUCAUCUCGGUUAGUCAGAGGUUAUACUGGGCCUUUUAAAGUGGAGACUUUAAAAUACCACGAAGUCAGCAAAGCACACAAGCUCUGUGUCAACACUGUUGAAAUCAAGGAAGACACCCCUCAGACUGCCCUAGUCCCAGAGAUCUCCAGCGACCUCAUGGCAAACAUGGAACACUUUUUCAAUGCUGCCUACUCCAUCGCGUACCACUCGAGGCCCCUGAAUGACUUUGAGAAGAUCCUGCAACUCCUCCAGAGCACUGGGACCAUGAUUUUAGGUAAAUACCGAAAUCGCACGGCAUGCACGCAGUUCAUCAAAUACAUCUCCGAGACUCUGAAGAAAGAGAUCCUUGACGAUAUCCGGAAAUCCCCCUGCAUGAGUGUGCUGUUGGACAGCUCCACGGACACCACCGAACAGUCAUGCGUGGGGAUUUACAUCCGCUACUUAAAGAAGAUGGAGGUGAAAGAGUCCUAUAUCACUCUGGCCCCUCUCUAUAGUGAGACUGUGGAUGGAUACUUUGAGACCAUCAUCUCUGCCCUGGAUGAGCUGGACAUCCCUUUCCGGAAGCCAGGCUGGGUGGUGGGCCUGGGAACCGACGGCUCAGCCAUACUGAGCUGCAGAGGUGGCCUUGUGGAAAAGUUCCAGGAGAUCAUCCCCCGGCUGCUGCCUGUGCACUGUGUGGCUCACCGGCUGCACCUGGCUGUGGUGGACGCAUGCGGGAGCAUCGACCUGGUGAAAAAGUGUGACCGGCACAUCCGAACUGUCUUCAAGUUUUAUCAGUCAUCAAACAAAAGGCUGAAUGAGCUACAGGCAGGCGCAGCUGCUCUGGAGCAGGAGAUUGUCCGUCUGAAGGACCUGAAUGCCAUCAGCUGGGUGGCCAGUAAGAGACGCACGCUAAACGCACUCGUCGCAAGCUGGCCUGCCCUGGCCAGGCACCUCCAGAGUGUGGCAGAGGCAGGUGGCCAGAGUGGGCACAGGGCCAAGGGCAUGCUGAAGCUGAUGAAGGGCUUCCAUUUCAUCAAGUUCUGCCACUUCCUUUUGGAUUUCCUGAGCAUCUAUAGGCCUUUGUCUGAGGUGUGCCAGAAGGAGAUCGUGCUGAUCACAGAGGUGACCUCCACGCUGGCACGGGCCUACGUUGCACUGGAGACCCUCCGCUACCAGGCAGGGCCCAAAGAGGAAGAGUUCAAUGCUAGCUUCAAGGAUGGGCAGCUCCAUGGCAUCUUCUUGGAGAGAAUGGAGAUGGCAGAACAGCGGUUCCAGGCAGACAGGGAGAGAGUGAUCCUGACAGGCAUCGAGUACCUGCAGCAGAGGUUUGACAUGGCCCGUCCUCCGCAGCUCAGGAACAUGGAGGUGUUUGACACCGUGGCCUGGCCAAGUGGGAUUGAACUUCGCAGUUUUGGGAAUGAUGAUAUUCUCACCCUCGCCAGGUAUUUUGAGCUCUCCCUCCCCUCGGGAUACAGUGAGGAAGCCCUGCUGCAGGAGUGGCUGGGCCUGAAAGCCAUCGCCCAGCACCUGCCAUUCUCCAUGCUGUGCAAGAACGCCCUGGCCCAGCACUACCGCUUCCCCCUGCUGAGCAAGCUCCUGGCUGUGGUGGUCUGUGUGCCCAUCUCCACCUCCUGCUGUGGACGAGGGUUCAAGGCUAUGAACCGGAUCAGGACCGAUGAGAGGACCAAGCUCUCCAAUGAGGUGCUCAACAUGCUCAUGAUGACAGCAGUGAAUGGCGUAGCUGUCACAGAGUACAACCCCCAGCCCGCCAUCCAGCACUGGUACCUAACCUCCUCAGGCCGGCGGUUUAGCCACGUGUAUGCCUGUGCCCAGGUGCCAGCCCGCUCCCACACAAGUGUGGCACUCAGGAAGGAGGAGAUGGGCACACUGUACACGGAGGGGUCCGUGACCCAGGAGCUGGCCAUCCCGCCCUCCAGGGAUGGCAUCAUGGAGCCUCCCAAGAGAUUCCUAUACCCCUGCCCCAGCCGUGAGGCCCCCAAGCUGUCCUGAGGGAGAGGAGUCCUUGGGACUUCCUUGGAGACCCCCAUGGGGCCCUGCCCUGUGAUCAUGGAGAUACCUGCAGAGUCUAGGCUGCCCUGGAAUCUUCCUUUGGUGGGUAGAGAUGCACUCUAAGCACAGGGACUGGGCAGUGACAAGACAGUGGAAGCCUGCGUCCCAGGGGACAGGGGAACUAGGAGGCAACAGCUCCUCACUGGUGCCCUCUUAGCACAGCAUGCCUCACUGCACUGAAUCUGCCAGAAAGCUUCCAUCUCCAGCUCAUUCUUAAGGGGCUGCAGAAAUAAUCUCAUCUUGAAAGAUUUCACCCCAUGUUCUGGUGGCAAGAGGACUUUUCUAAGGUGGGAGACUGUUGGAGGUAGGAGCUUAACGGAGCACCCCAGCCCUCUGGAUGUCCCUGAGUGGCCAGGGGGAAAGGCCACUUUGUUAGGGGGAGAGGAUGACCAUGUUCCAGGGACAGCUGGCCUGGCUUGAAAGCUCCUGGGAAUGAUUGUUCUGUGACCUCUCAUCUGGCUCCUGCAGCAGAAGCAGGGAGGCCUCCAUCAGGUGGGGAAGUCACAUCUGAGAAUAUCUCUGCCUCCUCCUGAGGCUUCCUCUAGGAUGAAACAAAAACGCUGCACAAAGCAGCCCACCCAAGAAAGGUUGUCUUCCUGCAGCUCCCGAACGGGGGGAUACUUCCUUUUCCUGGAAGGGAGUCUCAUGGUCCCUGCCCUGGAGCACAUGUCUUUGCCCUGCUUCAUGCCAAGCCCACUUUCCUAAGCAGUGGACGGCACCAAGUCUGGAGCUAGGAGGCCUGGAUUCAGCCCUGGCUCUGCUGCAGAAAGUGGUUUAACCAUGAUUAAUCCCUUCCUCAUUCUGCGCCCCAGUUUUUCCCUCUUCACGAAGUGGCAGCAGAGAAUCCAAAACUGCCUGCUGGUUCCCGUCUGCCAUAGGAUUAGUGAGUGAGAGCCUCGAGCUCCUUGAUACAAAGAUCUCAGCCCGCAUAGUGUGGACUCAGCUGCCUCAGCCCCUGUCCUUGUCCUUAGGAGGACAGGCAUGAAUUUUGCCACUAAAGUCCUUAUUUUGGGAAGAGGUGUUCUCCAGAUGUACCAUCCACAUGACAGUGUAGUCCACUCUUCUCCAAAUUGCGCUGGGGACCCUCUGCAUCGAAUAGGUAGGGCUGCUUUUUAAAUAUUCUCCACUCCAGACAUGCGGAAUUAAAUCCCCCAGGCUAGGGCUCAGUGAUUGGCUGUUUUUAACAAGCUCUCUCCCAGGAACUUCCUCAGUGCUCUCCACUUUAAGAACCACGACCCUCAAGGCACAGAAGGGCUUCCGGCACUACUUCUGAGGUGCCCAAUCCCCUGGCCCCAGCUUCCUUUUCAACCUAAAGUAGAGCACUUUUCCUUCCAGAGGCAGCCUUGUCUUGUCAGGCUCAGUAGACUACUUGUCCGGAUGGGGAUGAUUUUGUCUAGGCUCUGCCUUCCUUAACCACAGUGGGAAGUAAGGAAUGUUGGAGGGGCUUCUCUGCCCUGCCUUGCCCUCAUUUUACAUGGCAGGAUGUGGUGCUCCAUCUGGACCUUGCUUGCUCCUCAUCUGCAGCCGGUUCCCUGCUCUGUGCUGCAAGUCCAUGUGGUUGGUCCCCUUAACCAGUAGUCUGCCCACUUCCCCUUCCCAGAAGGUGCCGGAAGCUCCUGAUAUGCUGGCAUCCAGCACCUCAACAUAUCUCAGAUGCCCAUGGCGUCACCCACCCUUAGUACUUAGCCUUGGCGACAUUGCUUUUCUAUCUUGUUCAGCUCUAGUUAGGAAUUCCUGUCUCACUUUCUGCCUUUAACUCGUGGAAGUGUCUCCCAGCCCUGUCGGCCUGGAAGUCUGAGGGCUACCAGAGGCCUUUAGAGCUGGAGCUCUGCGAGGUGUUACUAUCCACAUGGCCAAGAUGGAGCACAGGCCUCCCUCUCCCAUUCGCAGAAGUUUCUAUGGGAGUUCAGGAAUUUGCCCCAGAUCAAGUGCUGUGGGUGUGAAUAGGUGGAAUGGAAGAGAGCAGGGCCUUUUAAAGUGGGGUUAUAGCUCCCACCCAUUCCAUACUGAGGUGAUGUUUCAGCAAAUUCCCUUCCCAGCAUCUUCCGUCCUCUAAGAAACCCUCAGAGCAAGUGGCCAGUCCUGUGAGCAGCGUGCGUGAAGGUGUCUGUGGGAGCAGUUCUAGGAGCUGGCCGGGAAGCCGGGUGAGGAAGCACCCUGCCCUCUCCAUAUCAGUGUGCUCGGAUGCCAUCAAUGCCUUCCUCAGAUAGACAGAAAGUGGAUCCCCUCGGUGCAGGGCAACUGAAAAUGCUAUUUACCAUAGGUAUUUGCCUGACCCAGGUUUCUCGAUGGGUGCGUGCAUGUUCCAGCUCCCCUCUCUCAGCUAAAGGCAGAGAAGAAAGAAUACUGACCUUUUUGCUCAGCACCCCCGGUGGAAACAUGGUGAGUGUCCUUACUACCCAUUGCCCAGGCUGGCUUCUGUUUUGCUUUGCCAGGCUAACUGUGUUCAGACCCCAGAGCCUGGGGACCUCCUUGUUGGAGCUGCUUCCUAUUUUUGCCUCACAAGAACAUAAGCUGAAGGGCACUGGGGGUAGUAGGGGCAAGCACUUGCCCUUUGGCCAGAGUCCUAGCCGUGGCCUCCACCCCUUCCCUACCUGUAAUGGUGGUAGCGCCCUGGCAUUUCUCUCUCCCUCCCUCUCCCUGACGACUGAUGCCUGGGUCUGAUGUUCCCAGUAACCAGCAUUAGAACUGACAGUGUGAUUUCAAUAGCCAUAGAGGGGGACUCAGCCCCCAUCCUGGCCAGGUACCUUAGCGAGUGUGACCUCACUCCAGACCUUUGCCUCUCCCUCCUGCAAAGGGUGUGUUCUUAGGGUGCUAAAUACCUAUCAGGACAGUGCCAAGGUGGGCUGGUUCUCUCACUUAAGUGUCUGCUUAGCCUAAGAACACUAAGGGUGACUGGCCCAGCGACAUUUUUUCCUCUGGUUUCAAAGAUGUGCAAAUACUAUGUUUGAUUCUUAACCUUUUGCUAUCAAUAAAAUAU